AUGGCCGUUUUAACACUAAAAGGAGAUCCGGACAAGAGGGAUACCAGAAAAUAUUGUGCCUUCCAUGCGACACAUGGGCACAAUAAGAAUAAUUGCUUUGCUUGGAAAGCGCAUCUCGAAGAACUCGUGAGAGAAGGUCAUUGCACGGAGUUCAUCGCGAGGCAGGCCAUCCAGCAGAUAGAAGACCGCGAUACCUCCAAGGAGCCACCCCAGAAGGUCAUAAGGAUUAACACAAUCCUAGUCGACUCCGAGGAGUCCGGACUGGCCAACAAAGAAAAGAAGAGGAAGAUCAAACAGGCUACUAUGAUCUCCCAAGUCUCAACUAGCUUCUCACUGGCAGAAGAAGAUCCCGUGAUCGGCUUCCAAAAAAAAGACUUAAUCGGCCUUGAUCUACCACACAAUGACGCCCUUGUCAUCAGCAUUCAAAUCGCUCAGGCCAUGGUCGACCGAGUCCAUGCAGAUGAGGGAAGUGCAGCCAACAUCCUACAAUUGGCAGUCAUCCAACAGAUGGGCUUAGAGGCAAAGAUCAAUAAAUCAGCCAAGUCGCUGACUGGUUUCAAUGGCGCAACGACAGUUACCGUGGGCACGAUAGAUCUCGACGUCUACUCUCCACCUGUAAUCAGCUCACAAACGUUCAUGGUCAUUGAUGAAGUAUCACCCUACAAUGGCAUUCUAGGCCGACCAUGGAUCGGCAAGAUCAAUGCCAUCACCUCCGCCACACAUCAGAAGAUUCGUUACCCAGUUCCUGGGGGCGGUAUCAGCCAGAUCAACAGCGAUCAGACAAUGGCGAGGAAAUGCUCACCUCAAGGGCUGAAGAAAGGCAAGCAAACACAGUUCCUCCCUGUGAAUCAGGCAGAUCUAAAGGGAGUAGAACAAGCAGAGGAGAAAGCAGAUCCCGUUUCUUACGGCCGAGCAGACCAGAAAGAAAAGGGAAUAGCUACUCCCUAG